AAAAGUUAACUUGUGCAGAUAACAGUUUACCCUUUGAACUCGGUGAGGGACACGAACGCCAUUUGUUUAUACCUGUUGCAAUGGCGACCAUAACGGAACUGAAAUGCGCUCUGAGAGAGAGCCUGGAGUCUCGAGGCGUGUUGGGUCAGCUGAAGGCUCGGAUCAGAGCCGAGGUGUUCAAUGCGCUCGACGAUCAGAGCGAGCCGCGUCCUGUGCUAUCGCACGACAACCUUCUAAUCAACGAGCUCAUCCGCGAGUACCUGGAAUUCAACAAGUAUCGAUACACAGCGUCUGUGUUGACAGCAGAAUCAGGUCAACCUGAGGUACCACUUGACAGACAGUUCAUGGCGAAUGAGCUGAAAGUGGUGGAGGACCCCAGUUCCAGAUCUGUGCCUCUACUGUACGGCUUGCUAUCCCACUUCCUAAGCAGCAGUGGAGACAGUGGAGGGAAGCUGUUUCUCAGGGGCUCAGCACCUGCUACUAUGACCAGAGACCCUAACACACUCCCUGGUCCUGAGUCUUAACACAGGUGUGUCCUGUCUGUCAUUCCAGAUUGCACUGGGACUAGGGGUGUUGAGUGAUUUUAUUUAUUUUUUUAUUACAAAAAUUGCAGUUGAUGUCAAGAAAGCCUUAGUAGUGUGUGUUAAUGUUGCCAAAACAGGUUCAAACCAACAGGUCUGAAUUUCAUUUCAUUUGGCCAAUUGUUUGUUCCCUGAGACUCUGUAAAUGUAGUCUGUUCUUCACUACUGCUAUGUCCGCAUAGCUGUACAUACUGUAGUAAGUGGUUGAUGUGCCAAUUGCUCAUGAAGAUGUAUCUCAAAUAAAUUGUUGUUUUAAUACAUUUUUACUUUAAUAAAGCAUUUUUAGCAUAUAUGUAAAUAUUCAAUUUUAGGGCUAGGCUGCACGUUGAUUUUGUUGAUGUGGAUCUAUAGGUAAUCAUAUCUACUUUGGUAUUAGGUCUAAUGUUAUAGCCAAUGGGUUUAUCCCUUUAUAAUUGUUUUAUGUUUCAACACACUGGCUGUAGUAGCACAAAAUAAUUCUGCCUGGAAACCAGUACAUGUAUUGUAUACAGUAUUCAGGCAUUUUUACCGUGUAUCUUCACUCCCACAUUCUCAUAAAACUCCAUGAUAAACACCUUCCACUGAAGAAGUGCAAUAAACUGUCUCGAAUAUC